CCUGUAAUGAGAGACCAAGAAUUUGCACACCUCUUUUAACUCUGUUCUUUUCAGAGCUCUCGCAUCUCCGGUGAAGGACACCAAAUUCACCCAACUUGAGAAACUCAUCCUCAGAACAAACGAACAAAAGACCUGGGCUGUGGUGUCAGUCCUAGAGUGUGUGGUGUCUACUUGCCUGGUCUCCACCUCAUCCAGUCUCAUCAGGGGAGUGUUCGCAGGUGAAGAUGAAGAGUGCAAUUAUCUUCUUGUCCCUCCUUGGCUUCCUCCCACUCGUGAUACCCAUAUGCCCUGUGCCAUGCAAGUGUGCCACCAACAUUAUCGACUGCACGUCAAAAGGCCUAACUGUAGAAAAACUACCAGUUGCUUUCCGCCCUUCUGCUGAAAUUAUCCACCUUGGUUACAACAGGCUCACCUCUAUUCCCAAUGGGCUCUUUGACAACCUAAAGAGCCUCCAGGUAGUCUACCUGCAGGGCAACCCUUGGGAAUGCGACUGUGACAUCCUCUACUUGCGUUCCUGGCUCCAGUGGCAGCAGAACAGGACCUUAUACAGGGAUGUGAGAUGCACCUCCCCAGCUCACCUGCAGGACCGGGUCAUUGCCUAUCUGACAGAAGACGAGAUCAUCUCCACAUGCCAGUACUGGUACUGCAGCCUGGCUCUCCUCUCUCAGCUGUGUCUCUUCAUCCUCCUUUUCCUCCAGGGUAUCUUGGUUAUCUUCAUCAUUGUCUACCUGCAGAAGUUUCGGAGAAUGACCGCUGAAGCCCGGAGCACCUCCCGAGAUCUACAUCAGAAUGCAGACACCUGGGUACCUUCUUCAAGAAGCCCCUACAACAGUGAUUAACAUCACAAGACUGAAGACCCUCCUCCCCCUUGGGUGAUGCUGUACCAAGGUCAUGUGGUUUGUGAUAUCCAGAGCGGACAAUUCAGUGCCGCAUCCGAUCCUGACUGCAGUCCAAAGCAGGACUUGAACUGAUGAGACACUUGCUGUAUUUCCAAAGACCUGAUCCUGUGGUUUUUAAUGCUUUAAACUCUUUAGCAUGAUCUUGAUUGCUUUGCUGAGCUGGGAGUGGUUCUGGUUUGGUAGGCUAAGGAAAUCGUAGACUGCAGCAAUCAGAACUGACUCAAACUGCUCGUAAGCUCAUAGGGGCUACCGUGCUGAAUCCCUCCUAUGCUAGAGUAUUUCAGCCAUACUUUCCAUGACGCUUCUGGUUGCGUUGGGUCAGGUGAGGACAGAGGCAGACAGUGAACAGUUAAGGUACUGGACUAGGGCGAUGGAGCAAUACAGUUUCUUUGGUGCUACCACAGAUUGCCAUAGUAACUUUG